UUCGUGGGGCAAAUGGAACCUGCCAGAGGUUAGCAUCGCUAUGAGAUGCUUGCGUGCCACCCUGCUUCAAUGUAUGCUCUGCCUAAGCGUGAAACAAACAAGGCAAGAACCUUUAGAUUUCGAAUCAAUUCUACCCGAGAAUCCUUCCGAGUACGACAGUCUUGAUCCUCCAAAAGAGAACGGGAAACCUACCGUGGUCAGCUUCCACGUCACAGUUCUCAGCUUGGACUCUAUCGACGAAGGAUCAAUGACGUACGUGGCUGACAUCUUCAUGUCCCAGACGUGGCGCGACCACAGGCUGCGACUACCGCGCAACAUGACGGCCAAGUACCGGCUCCUGCCGGUCAGCUGGUUGCAGCGAAUGUGGAGGCCCGACACUUUCUUCAAGAACGCCAAGGGCGUCACCUUCCAAGAGAUGACCAUCCCGAAUCACUACAUAUGGCUGUACGCCGACCGACGCAUCCUCUACAUGGUCAAGUUGACCCUCUUGCUGUCGUGCGCCAUGAAGUUUGAGACGUACCCCCACGACACCCAGAUAUGCACGAUGAAGAUUGAAAGCAUCUCGUACACAACCGACGACUUGGUGUUCGCAUGGGAGGACGAGGUGCCCCUCGUUGUUGACGAAUCCAUCGAGCUGCCCCAGCAUAACUUGGUGUCAACGACGAUGGGAGACUGCACGCAACUAUAUUCAACUGGCAACUUCACCUGCAUCCAGCUCGUGUUCACGCUCAAGCGGCGUCUGGGCUACUACAUGUUCCACACGUACAUCCCUACCUGCCUCAUCGUCAUCAUGUCCUGGAUCUCCUUCUGGAUCAAGCCCGAAGCCGUGCCGGCCAGGGUCACACUGUGUGUCACCAGCCUGCUCACGCUGUCCACGCAGCACGCGCAGUCGCAGAAGUCCCUGCCUCCCGUGUCGUACAUCAAGGCCAUCGACAUCUUCAUGUCCUCGUGCACGGUGUUCGUGUUCGCCUCGCUCAUGGAGUACGCGCUCGUCAACAUCCUCAUGGGCGAGACAGAGGGCGACGAAGGGGCUCGUCGAAGGAGCAUCCGGAGUGUCGUCAUUUCGCCACGAAUUCCGGAGAACAACGCUAUGCCCAACGGAACUAAGCUUCCGAAGCCUCCCGAGACUAUUGCCGGAGAAUGCCGGCAGAGGGCAAUGCUCGUCGACAAGAUAAGCCGCAUUGUGUUUCCCACGUCGUUCGUCCUGCUUAACUGCAUCUACUGGUCCUUGUACAUCGACUCCUCCUGAGGACCACACGUGGGCGACACGGCUGCCGC